CAGCAGAGAAGGAGCGGCACGCCGUGCAGGAUCAACACGCACACACGCGCGCGCACACGUACACAACAAAUCGUAAAAUCACAGACACUGUAGCGUGUGUGUCUGUCUGUGUGUGUGUUUUAAAUAAACAUUCUUGUAAGUGACAAAGAACCGAGUUGCGGCAGCGAGAGAAGUCAUCCAUCUGCAAUCAGGAGGGUUUGAGGAAACGGCAAACCGAGUCAUCAUGUGAAAGAACUUGUGGGAAACGGACAAAAGGGCUGGAGUACGAGCAGAAUAGGACGGAAAAGGGACGCCCUCCCCACGCUCCACCAACCUGCCAAUCAUCUCUCUGACCUCGCACCUUUCUAACUGAUAGUGAUGUAGAUGUGUCCGUCUGCUGCUCGUGGAUAAAUGAUCACUAAUCAGCCAAAGAAGAUGAAGGACAAUUUUGGCGUGAGCGGAAUGUCCGUGGAUGAGAAGUCUGAAGCCCCCAUGUAUGUGUAUGAGUCAACAGUUCAUUGUACCAAUAUCCUCCUCUGCCUCAACGACCAGCGGAAGCAGGAUAUCCUGUGUGAUGUGACUGUCCUGGUGGAAGGCAAGGAAUUCCGAGGACAUCGGGCUGUGCUGGCUGCGUGCAGCGAGUAUUUCCUCCAGGCGUUGGUGGGCCAGGCAGAGAAUGGCUUGGUUGUUAGCCUUCCUGAAGAGGUCACUGCCAGAGGAUUCGCCCCAUUGUUGCAGUUUGCCUACACUGCUAAGCUGUUACUCAGCAGAGAAAACAUUCAGGAGGUCAUCCGCUGUGCUGAAUUCCUGCGCAUGCACAACCUCGAGGACUCAUGCUUUCGCUUCCUGGAAGCUCAGCUGCGCAGUGAGGAGGACGGCUUGCUGCUUUGCCACAAGGUGGCAGGAGAAGCAAAUAACUUGGAGGAUGAGAACAUGCAAUCAGAAGCAGAAAGGCCCACCUCCCCCAUGGCCCGACAUUGUGCAGAUGCCCUUACUUCGUGUCGAGACCCCGACAACGAUCGGCUAACGAUGGCUAUGCCUGGUAACUUCACAGAUAGCCGGCCAGAUUUCGAUCGCCAUGGAGCAUCGGAUCUGCCGCGAUGCCCCAAGUACCGGAAAUACCAGUGGGCUUGCAACAAGCACAAUAAUGACUCCUCCUCACAUACCAGUACCUCAGGUUUUCCAAGCACAUUAAAGGAGACCACCAUUAGUGGGGCAGUGGCAAAUCAGGGCACACUGCCUUUGGCACAGAUCAAAGUGGAACCACAGGCAGAGGAAGAGGCCAUUCCUUUGUGCCUGUCAGGGGAUGAGCAGGACGCCAGGGAUACGGAUGUCAUAAUAGCCAUGGAGAUGGAUAACCCUAUAUCUGUAGAAAGAACCAAGAGACCCAAGUCCCCUUCCUGCCUGCGAGCCUUCUUCAAGAAAGGAGUUGACAUCUCCAGUCUGCCCAACACGUCACAGCAGCUAUUCGCCAACAGACUUAUCUGCCCACAGGACAAAGGAAACUCUCAGGGAGAUCAUACAAAAGACUUAGGCCCUUUCACUGGGGAGGUGGCUCUAUCUGUUGCAUCCCCAAAAGAGGUGGAUGGUUUUCCUGCUAGUUUGUCCCACAAAUCAACUUCCUGCGAUGGGGUUUGCAAACAGGAAGUUGAAAUCGACCGCCGCAGUGUCAUAUUUUCCUCAGGGGCUUGCAAUCGCCUGGGAAACCCAGCGCAUUCCUACCCUGUUGGGAACUCUUUGGAGAUUGAGCUCUCUGAGCACAUGACAAAGGGGCUGUGGGCUGGAGCUAGCCAUUCCCUACCCACCUCCCAGUCCUAUUGUCCCAGCACCACUUCUUCUGAGCCCCAAGUCCUGUGCCGCCCUAGGCCCAACACCAGCUGCCCAGUGCCAAUCAAAGUAUGCCCGCGCUCACCGCCUUGUGAGACUCGCACCAGAACUUCCAGCUCCUGCUCCUCAUACUCCUACGCAGAGGAUGGCAGCGGAGGGUCUCCCUGCAGCCUGCCCCAGUUUGAGUUUUCUUCUUCGCCAUGCUCUAAUGUGGCUCGCUGUCUCAAUGUGGACCAGCAGGAGCAAAGUGUAGGAGGGGAGGUUGUUUUUAACCAGGUGAGGCCCAAGAUCAAAUGUGAGCAGUCCUAUGGCACCAACUCUAGUGACGAGUCGGGCUCCUUUUCAGAGGGAGACAGCGAGUCCUGCCACGUGCAGGAGCAAGGAUCAGAGGUCAAGCUUCCUUUUCCUGUAGAUCAAAUCACAAAUCUUCCAAGGAAUGACUUCCAAAUGCUGGUGAAAAUGCACAAACUGACUUCAGAGCAACUUGAGUUUAUUCAUGACAUCAGGCGGCGGAGUAAGAACCGCAUCGCAGCACAGCGUUGUCGCAAGAGGAAGCUCGACUGCAUCCUCAACUUGGAGUGCGAGAUAAGAAAGCUGGUGUGUGAGAAGGAGAAGUUGCUGACUGAGAGGAACCAGCUAAAGGCAUGUAUGGGUGAGUUGUGGGAGAACUUCUCCUGCCUGUCACAGGAGGUGUGCAGGGAUGUUCAGCUCAGCCCCGAGCAGGUCCAGUCGUUACACCACUACUGUCCCAUGCUGCGCCCCGCCAUCUCCACUGCCAGCAACAACACUGCCCACGAGCCCAAGGCCUCCCUCAGCACCAACACCACCACCAGCAUUGACCUUACCACCCACUCGGGCUCAGCCACACCAGAACCAACCUUUCACGGUUCACCCGGGCCCUCGGAGAGCGACCCUGACGUGGCUGUCAGAAACAGGGCAGACAAAGAUACAAACGGCCAAGACGCCACCAGCUUGUAUACAAAGUCAGGGCCACCGGUGGAAAAAUCCAACCAGACGGUAACGGUGGAUUUUUGCCAGGAAAUGACUGACAAAUGUACAACUGACGAGCAGCCGAGGAAGGACUGUACUCAGUAGUGGUCGUUCUCUGUUUUGUUUUCUUUUUCAUUAUUUAAUUUUGCUCUUCUGACAAACCCUCUCUCAGGGUUGUUGAGACAGUCAGCAUCUGCCAGUGUUCAGUGAAAAACAAGCUUUGUUUGUAUUUAUAUCUUUUUUGACGGUCGACACUAAAGUUGUCUUAACAACAGCAAUACUGUUCUCCAGGAAUUCUCCUAUUACCGUGACAGAGUGGAACUUCUCACCAAACCCUUACGAUGGUGCUAUACUUGCCCCGGCAGCAACCUCUACAGUGGAGACUUUGUUCUUCAUGUGUCACACAUCACAACUCAAAGUCAAACCUCAUUGGACCUAAACUGCAGCUCGCUUUGUCUCUCUGCAUACCAGCAGUAUGUCAGUUCCUGCCUUUGUCUUUUCCUCUUCUCUCCUUGCCACUCUGUCUCUCUCAAUCUCUUCUACCUCUUUCUGUCUCACUCUGCAUCUCUCUCUCUGUCUGUUUCUUCUUUCACUAUAUCUGAGUGACACUUUUGGUCACAGCAAUUCAAACUCAGGAAGAAAAAAAUCCUCUGAAUGUUCAACCUAAUUCAUGAAAAAUGAGAAAACGGCUUCUGUACACACGGAAGUUGCAAACUGUAAAAUGUUCAUAUGCAAAAAUGUCUUCAAACGUCUCUCAUUUGUAUUGCUGUACAGAAGAAAUUUGUACAGAUUGUAACCGAAAACAUUCCUCCUAUGCCUUCCACGUGGAAUUGAAAGGAGAAAAAAAAGGCUUUUGCAGGCAGUUAAAUGGCUAUUUUUAUUUCCCACUCAUCAGCAAUACCAUUGUAUUUGGAUGUUGUACUGGUGACUUUCAAGUGCUUGUUUGGCAGAAGUGUAUAUAGCAUGAUGACUGUAACAGUGAUUUUGUACAGCUAGACGCCUAGAUGUUUCUUUUUCACCGGGGUUAUAACAAGGGAAAAAUUGUUGCUUUGCUGUUUCCUGUCCUGCCUAACGAACGAGGGGAGCGUUCUUAUACUCAGGAGAUCAGCUCGAUACACAUUUAGACACAGUACACACAGGCACGCACACAUCGACACACACAUUUUGAGCCCCUUGCAUGUAUAAUUGAAGAUGUGUUUUCGAGAGCGUGGCUCAGGCUGGCUCUUCUAAAUCUUCGACACCUCUUUAAAUGUGAAAAAAAAAUCCUUGUGUUUUCUUUUUGUUUUUUAAGGAAACGUAUUUGUUCCCAGAACUUUAAUAUAUCCUAUUUGUUUAUACACAAUGUUGUCAUUUGAUGAUAGGAGACAGCAAAAAGCCUCUCCGAUUUUUUUUUUUUUUUUUUCAAAUUUAUGUUGAUUACGAUAAAAUUGACUAAUGAAAAAAUGAAAAAGCAUACAAACAUAAAUCACGCACUUUUUUCCUGGCCCCAAGUAAGGGUCUUUACUUCAGACUGCUUAAAAGUCAGAGACUGGAGCACUUAAAUUGGCAAAAAAUAUCUAUGAAGAAUAUGAAAAUAUGCCGAAGGAAGCUAAUAUUUCAUCUUACAUUUUUAUUUCUUUAGAAAUUGAAUAAGCUAAUUCAGUUCCUUUGACGUGAAAGCAGUGUGUGUGUUGUUCAGAUGAUUGAGUAGCAAUCAUAUAAGAUAGUAAAGUGUUUAACCUACUUGUGCAUUUGUUUUAAACACCCUACUUUGUAAUGUGCAUGCAUGCUACCUAAUAGCUAUAAACCUAGUUAGUUGGUUUAGCUUUUUUUUUUUUUUUUUCUUUGUGCAUUCUCUCUGGAACAUUCUGCUAUAAAAAUGCAUUUUCACAUUUCUAUAUAUAAAGAAUCUGAAAUAUGUCAACCCUUGCUAGAGGCAGAAGUAGCAGAGCUCCACACUCCAGUGCAAAGGUUGAAUGAAAAUGUUCAUUGCACUUUAAAGCUCCAAUCCAAAUUGGCACUCCCUAUUAGCCUAACAGGGCUGAAGUUCAUGUUUUUACUGUAGUUUCUUUCAAAUGUUUCCUAUAAAAAAGCUAUGCUUAUGUUAAAACAGAUGAGUAUCUAAUACAGUACUUUGAAAAUGAAAUUCCUUAAAAGCUAAACCUUAAUGUUAAACUCAUUUAUUAGCAUAGUUGAAAAGCUGCUCUGUUGUCACAAGGGGUCACCAUAGCAGGUAGCGCCGCACACAACCUCAAAGAGGAUCCGUGUCUCCGGCCAGCGACCUUUCACGCAAAUGUACAAUCAGUAACAUUAUGGAGACACACAAGCUUAUUUGCAUUUAAUAGCUUACUUGAACAAAAUAUACUUGUUUGAAAUUUUUAUGAGCCACUGAUGUUCUCACGUUUUCAAGUUUUCUCUGUUGUCUAAACAGUAUUGCCCUAUUUUACUGCUUCCAGGCUAGCUGAAAGCCAUUCAGCUGGCUUUGUCAUACUAGAAACCUAAUUUCCUCCAUGCAUGUGUGAAAAUGCAAUAGUUAUGUAAGAAGUAAAUUAAGUCAUUUUAAAACUUUACUUUAAAGCUUUACAUUUUUAUUAAUAAAACGUGUUUCUGUUUUGUUUUUGUUUGUUUUUUUCAAAUAACCUGUAAUACAAGAUGCUAAAGAAAUAGAUUAUAAUUUUACUUAAUAAAAAUAUGUUCCAGGUUUUAAGAAUCUAUAGCUAAUUUGCCAUCCGUAAACAUUUCCUUAUUAGGUUAUCAAAAAUUAAAUAAAUAUUAGUGUCCAUUUUAUAUGAUCAUUUGAACCUAUUUAAGUGGGCCAGUAGCUUUUGAUAGUGCUGUAAAAGGUAUAUGAAAUGUAUUUUAUCAGGUUAUACAGUGGUGCCCUCUUCCUGAUUUCCUUUUUAUAUAUGUUUGUCACAAUUACACGUUUCAGCUCAUCAAACAAAUUUAAAUAUUAGACAAAGAUAACACAAGAUGAGAUGUUUGUCCAGUCUCUUUCUUCUUAUUGAAUCAUGAACAUGUGAUGGACAUGUUUAAUGUUGUUCUGGGUUCUUCUGUUACCUCCUGGAUGAGUGCUGGGAGGUCACAGAUCUGCUCUUGGAGUCAUACUGGUAGGCCUGUCACUCCAGUUAAUUACUGUUCCAUGUUUUCUCUAUUUGUGUAUGAUGGCUUUCACCGUAGUUACAAAGGCUUCAAAAUAGCUUUGUAACCCUUAACAGACUGACAGACGUCAGUUACUUUGUUUUUCACCAUUUUCUUUAGAUCUUGACAGUCUUUUAGCCAGCUUCACCUUGUCAGACAGGUCUGUCAGUAAUCAGGCCUGAGUGUGUUUAAUGAAACUGAAUUCAGCUUUUCAAAAAAUGUGGUAAAUCACUUUUAAUUCAUGAUUUAAAAAGAGGGGCAAUUAUUUUGGAUAACUUUUCUACCUCUAUCAAUGAAAUCAUCAUUCAGCUUAGUCAGGUUAUCUUUAUCUAAUAUUAAAAUUUGUUUGAUGAUCUGAAACAAGUGUGACAAAUAUGUAAAACACUAGAAAAUCAGGAAGGCUUCAACAUGUUUCUAACGAUUUGUUUCAAUUGUUCUCCCCGUGGCUCCGUAUGUUUUCUUGAGGUAUUCUAGAUUCCUCCUCAGUUAAAAUGUGGGCAUGAACUGUGAAAGCCCUUAAAGACUGGUGACCUUUUCAGGGUGUACAUCACACUCACCCUCUGACAGCUAAGAUGGGCUCCAGCCCUGCUGCAACAAUGAAUGGGCUAACCAGUUGAGAGAAUGGAUAGAUAUUCCAGUUAUCAACAUAAAAUAAAAACACAGAAAGGGGAAGAGUAAACUGUAAUAAUAUAUCAUUUGACAUCAAGAAAAGUAAAUAAUAUUAAUAAUUGAAUUGACUAAAACAUGUCAUUUAAAUUUGUACAACUAAAGUGAUUUAUUCAUUUUCUUAACCUUUUUCUUUUUUCAAUUUUAGAGGUGACAGGAAAUUCAUUCAUUUAUUCAUUUAAUCGCAAAAGUCAUUUCUAAUGUCACUUUAAUUUACUUUAGUGAACAGAAUUUUAGCAUGACAUUUGGGGGAUGUUAAUAUACCAAGCAUAGCAAUUAGCCAUACUAGCCUUUUUGCUGAUUUUGAGGGUUUUUUUUAUUGUUUUCUACCCAAAUGUUUCGAGGAUUGGGGCUUUAAAGAUUGCAUGACAUUUUUCGGAGUUCUCCCCAUGACCUUUACUGAUGUAAAUCCUAGAUGUAGUUUGAAUGAUGACCUUGUUUGUAAGAUAAUUUCUGUUUCACAGCCAGACAGAGAAAGUGUAACUGUAGUUUAAAAACCUGUUUUAAAAUUG